ACGUUGAUUUAAAAUAUUGCUUUGUUUUAUCAGUAAAAUUGGAGUGUCCAAAAUAAUUGGCCUGAGAUGGAGCAGUGGGAAAAGACCACGGCAGGAAACUACUGUUUAAUAUAGAGUCAGAUGGGGAGGCUGCAGCACCAGAGUGGGCAGAGACACCUAUCUCAUCUGUUGCAGAGCUUCCUCUCAGCCUGUGGGAGUUUGUCUCUCUCUCUCUCUCUCUCAACCGUUGACCUUAGUGAUGAGCAUGCUGCAUCACUGUGAGAGUUGGUGUUUCUGGGCGGUGCAAAGUAGAGUCGAGCAUCAUCAUCAGAGUGCAGGGUAUCUGAACACAGCAGCAGCACACACAGAGGCGGACGCACAGCCGCUGCUGAAAGGAUCAAAUCUGUGCCAUCUGACGCUCAAGGAUUUAUGGGUUUAGUCAAAAUUGCUUUUCCCACUGUGGAGAUUAAACAACGUAGAAUGUUUUCUUCCCUGGCUGUUAAACAGUCCGUAGUGUAGCUGCUGUCAGUGUGUUUUUUUUUUUUCUUUCUUUUUGUCAUUUGUCAUCCCCGCUGAUAGAGAAAGAAAUGUGUCAGGAGGGUAAAGUGCUGCGAGCCCUGGAGAGGAGAGGAUUCUGAGUGACAGGAAGCGGUGCGUCCUAUGUGGAAUGUAAACCAUGCAGGUGGAGGCUCUUCUUGUUCUCUUCUGUGUCUGGCUCACAGGGGCAGCCCAGUCACGAGGUCACAAGCUGGAGACCUACAAGCAAACCAGAUCAAAAAGAGAGACCAAAAUGGAGGGUGGCGGAGGACACAAACCUGGAAGUCCAAUUUACAAAAGGAGUCCAGACAUGACGAAAUCCUCUAUGACUAAAUCUGAGCAGCUGCUGAGGAUAGAGGACCACGAUUUCACCAUGAGACCCGCAUUUGGAGGUCCACCGAUUCCUGUUGGAGUGGAUGUUCAGGUAGAAAGUCUGGAUACCAUUUCUGAAGUGGAUAUGGACUUCACUAUGACACUCUACCUGCGUCACUACUGGAAGGAUGAACGACUGGCGUUCCCCAGCACCAACAACCAGAGCAUGACCUUCGACAGUCGCCUGGUGAAGAAGAUCUGGGUUCCUGACAUGUUCUUCGUCCACUCCAAGCGCUCCUUCAUUCACGACACCACCACAGACAACGUCAUGCUGAGGGUGUACCCCGAUGGCAACGUCCUGUACAGCCUCAGAGUCACAGUCACCGCCAUGUGCAACAUGGACCUGAGCCGCUUCCCUCUGGACACGCAGACCUGCUCUCUGGAGAUUGAGAGCUAUGCAUACACGGACGACGACCUGAUGUUGUACUGGAAGAAGGGAAAUGAAUCUCUGAACACUGACGACAGGAUAUCUCUGUCCCAGUUUCUCAUCCAGAAGUUUCACACCACCACAAAGUUGGCUUUCUACAGCAGCACAGGCUGGUACAAUCGUUUGUACAUCCACUUCACCCUGCGGCGGCACAUCUUCUUUUUCCUGCUGCAGACCUAUUUUCCUGCCACUCUGAUGGUCAUGCUGUCCUGGGUUUCCUUCUGGAUCGACCGCAGAGCCGUCCCCGCCAGGGUGCCGCUAGGCAUCACCACAGUGCUGACCAUGUCCACCAUCAUCACCGGGGUCAACGCCUCGAUGCCGCGCGUCUCUUACAUCAAGGCAGUGGACAUUUACCUCUGGGUCAGUUUUGUCUUCGUCUUUCUGUCGGUGAUAGAGUACGCCGCCGUCAACUAUCUGUCUACGGUGCAAGAAAGGAAGGAGAGGAAGCUGAGAGAAAGACUGCCUUGCACCUGUGGCAUCAGCAAUCCAGACGAGAUGAUGGUCGACGGCCAGAUCACCGGCUAUGGCUCCAUCGAUAUUGACAGCACGGGAAAUUACGGGAUUCCAGAAAACGGCGGACGUCAGGAGCAAAUGCUGGCUCAAGUGGCUCUGAACAACCCGCAGAUCACAGGGCAGGUGAAGCCGUCCAGAGGCUACGUGAACAUUUGGAUCGACACCCACGCUAUUGACAAGUACUCCAGGGUUGUCUUUCCCGGUGCCUACGUCCUCUUCAACAUCAUCUACUGGUCCAUCUACUCCUAACACGGGAUGUGGAAGUGUAACGUUAUGAAUCAUGCGAGACCAGGACUCCAGAAGCAAUGAUUAGUUGAUGUUUGUCAGAAAAAAAACUUUAAAAGUUGAUGAACUCUUUAUGAUCUCAGAUUUUAACUGUAGUGGGAAGUAAAUUGUUGUAGGUCAGGGCCGUAACGGCACACACUGAAGAGAAUGUCAUACAUUGUUGGACACAGAUUUUUUUCCUUGGCACAAAAACAGAACUUGACAAUCAGAGAAAAAAAAAAGAAUCAGAAUUAGACAGUGAGGCUGAUGGAUUAUCUACGGGUUUGUCUGUUUCACAGUACAAGAACCAGACCACACCAUUUUGUUACAUGCGGAAAGAAUCGCAUUCACACAUGGACGUUUAUGAUGUUUAAGGGAUUGUUCUCUGGUCUUUGAGAGGGAAUUAGACUUUGGUAUUUUAGCUGUUCAAAUUCAUCACAUGGAAGUUGACGACUAUUUCAAAACUAUACAAGAAGUAUUUAAUGGUGUAAAUUUGGUGACGAUAAUCCAUAACCGACUGAAACUGAGAGAGAUUUUAACAAAAAUCUGAUCUCAUUAAAAACAUAUGGAAUUCAUUUUAAACCAAUGAAUUCUCAAAAAUUACCUGAAAAAAACGAUUUAAGAUUUAAAUACAUGAUUUAAAUACAUGAUGAGUC